CUGCGUUCAGUCUCCAGUCAAUUCAAUUGAUUUCUUUCACUCAUUACACUCAUAUGUCUACUCGAGGCAGGGGCGUACCGCAACAAGUUCUUACGAACUCCUUCGUGAUCUCAAAACUGCCGACGAGAACACGCUACUUUCAAUACGAAGCGAUCUCCGGCGGCGGGAGAGAUGUCAAGAACCCUCGCAGGAGGAUCGAGGUGUUCGAACGUCUCCAGAAUCACACGGACCCAAAACUCUUUACCCCGCGUUGCAUUUUUGACGGAACAGUGAUCAUGUAUUCUUCUCGCGAGCUUCCAUUGUCUGGCAGGGACUCACAAACCUUCGACGUCAACAUGUCUGACAAACCCCGAGUGGAUGGGUCUGCCCCAACCCGCGGAGUCCUCCAGGUAACGCUGAAGAAGGUCGCCGCCGAUCCGAUUGAUUUCAAUGGUUUACAAGCGUUCAUUGACGGAAAGCAGACCAAGCAGACCGCUCAGGUCCUGACGGCAAUCAACGUCUUGCAACUGAUCAUCCGACAAGCACCUAAUUUGAAAUAUCCGAACAAUACACGUGCGUUCUUUACCAAAGACGCUGGCAUACAGACCUUGGGUGGAGGUUUAGAGUUAUGGCGUGGAUACUUCCAGAGUGUUCGUCCUACCAUCGGAAAAGUUUUAGUGAACGUUGAUGUGUCGACAGCGGUCAUGUUCAAGCAGGAUAGCUUCGAGGGCGCCGCUCUCGCUGUGCUGAAGCAGAGGGAUGUCCGUGCGCUAGAACUCCGCGCAGAUUCGCCGCAGUUCCGCCAAUUGAAAAGUUUUUUCAAGGGCGUUUCUGUCACGCUCGUCCACCGGCCUGGCCUUAAGAAGAUUCGAGGCUUAGUUGCCGGUGCUGGUAACUUCCAGUUCGAGAACACCACGGUGAAGGACUACUUCAAGAAAGCUUGGGGUCGCGAACUACACUAUCCGAACAUCAUCGGGAUUCAAGUUGGAUCAAAGGAUCGCGAUGAGGUCAUCCCAGCAGAGAUGUGUGUUAUCGCUCCCGAUCAACGAUACACCCGAAAGCUCCCUCCGGAAUUCUCGCCGACUAUGGUUAAAUUUUCUUCGAAGAACCCCCAGGAGCGCCUGGAGCUCAUUAGCGCCGGCAUUAACAACUCGGUCACGGCCGACCAACGCUCUGCACUUGAUUAUCAGAAUUCUCCGUUCCUGCAAGACGCUGGGAUCACCGUGUCUCCGGAGCCGAUUUCAGUCACUGGGCGUGUCCUCCCGACGCCCAAAAUAUACUAUGGAAACCCUGCCAAUAGCAGGCCAGUGCAACCACGAAACGGUUCAUGGAAUGUCAUCGACCAGACCUUCCAUGAGCCGAAGAGUCUGUCGUCGUGGGGGAUCCUUAAUUACUCGAGGGUCAGCGAUCAAACCAUCAAUCGCUUUAUCAACACUUUGCUCAACUCGUGUAAAAAACUUGAUUUAGCCCCACCCGCCGCGAGUCAGUCAUGUUCUGGGGCGUCCUCUGUGGUGAACGAUAUGAGAUCGCUUAAAAAUUCCGUCAACAACAAGAUAGGCAGAGAUCUGGAAAUGGUCUUGGCUAUCCUACCGACGAGUUCCACCGAUAUCUAUCACGCGAUCAAAUCAUUUGGUGACGUUAUCGCUGGUUUCCCAACACAGUGUGUCCGAGAGAACAAGAUCGAGAGAGCCAACGAUCAAUACUGUGCGAAUCUGGGCAUGAAGAUCAACGCUAAACUUGGAGGCGUCAAUUCGCUGCCAAAGUCAGGUGCGUUGGAGAAGCUUACAAGUGCUCCGCUGGUUCAUCCUGCACCAGGUGCCGAUGUGGGGCAUCCUGCACCGGGCAUGGUUAACCAGCCCUCUGUGGCUUCUCUUGUAUAUUCCUUUGAUCGGUAUGCUGCGCGAUAUGAGGCCAUGAUGUCGGUACAACACCCCCGUCAAGAAAAGAUUGACGAGUUGCGUAAAUUGGUAUAUCGCGCGAUAUACGAGUUUGGCGAACGUAACAGGCAAGCGCCUGUGCGCAUCAUCUUCUUCCGAGAUGGCCUCUCCGAGGGGGAAUACGCGCUCACGGGCAAAGAGGAGAUUGAGGACAUCACGGGCGCAAUCGAUGAUAUCUGGCGGGACAAACACCUGAAAGACGGGAAACCUGAAUUGACCUUCAUAGUCGUGGGCAAACGACACCAUGUCCGAUUCUUCCCGAAGAACAAGAACGAGGCGGACAGGUCUGGGAACUGUCCCGCGGGAUUCGUUGCGGAUCAGGGAGUAGGAAAUCCAGCAGUACGCGACUUUUACUUGCAAUCGCACGGCGGUCUCCUCGGAACUAGCAGGCCGAGUCAUUACAUCACUCUUAGGGAUGACAUAUACAAGCACAACACAGACGACCUGCAGGAGCUCGCGUUCACGUUGUGUCAUGCAUACGCGCGUGCAACGCGUUCCGUCUCGAUUCCGGCUCCCAUCGUCUGUGCGCGCGGCGCGUUCCAUUUCAACCCUGCCAUGGGUUUCGAUGCUGCCACUAUCUCUAGCAAUGACGACGCUUUUGACCUUGAACGCUGGAGGAAGAAUUUCAAAGACAAGCAUGCGAACUUGUCAAAGAAGAUGAAUUUCAUGUGAUCUACUUGCCCAAUGCUUUUUACUCGCAGAAUGAGAAUAGUGUGUAUGAAUAUAUCAUGAUGUAUUAGCGAUAUGUAUGUAGGAUGGCGCAAUAUGUAAAGGAACUACUCGCACGCAUUAUUGUUUCGAGUUCCUGGAACCUGAUGUAGUCAGAUAAAGAAUCACG